AUGCGCGAGUACAAGAUCGUCGUUUUGGGAUCGGGAGGUGUUGGAAAGAGCGCUUUGACAGUCCAAUUCGUUCAAGGGAUUUUUGUGGAAAAAUAUGAUCCAACGAUUGAGGACAGUUAUCGAAAGCAAGUUGAAGUGGACGGACAACAAUGUAUGCUGGAAAUUCUCGAUACGGCUGGAACGGAACAAUUCACGGCUAUGCGAGAUUUGUAUAUGAAAAAUGGACAGGGAUUCGUCUUGGUUUAUUCAAUUACAGCACAAUCGACAUUCAAUGAUUUAAUCGAUUUGCGCGAUCAAAUUCUUCGCGUCAAAGAUGCCGAUGAUGUGCCGAUGAUCCUUGUUGGAAAUAAAUGUGAUUUGGAAGAUGAACGAGUGGUGGGGAAAGAUCAAGGACACUCAUUGGCAAGACAAUUUGGAUCUGCUUUUCUUGAGACUUCGGCCAAAGCGAAGAUCAACGUUAAUGAGGUAUUCUUCGAUCUCGUUCGACAAAUCAAUCGACGAUACCCGGAAACGGGGAAAGGUCAUCACGGAUCGAAGAAAUUCUGUUGUUGCUCAAUUAUG